ACCGCCACCCCUGUCCCGAUGAUCACAAUGAGGGCACAGCUCGCUCCGGCCCUCCUCCUCCUCCUCCUCACGGUUGCCGCCGCGCCGCCCGUAUCGGCGAUGACUGCUGAGGAGGAAACCAAGGAGAAAUUGCUACAGGGCGCCCACAAAGAGGACCUCGCCAAUAAACUCAGUAUCGCGAGUGUCGACCCAGACGCUUAUGCAGCCGAGCAAAAAUCAGUUGGGCCCGAUAGCAAGAAGCAUGCCGCUAAGGAUGUCGUCGAUAACACAAGCUAUAUUAUGGGUGUUGUGCCUGAGAAGAAACCUGAAAGUAAGAGUGACGAGAAGAAACUCAAGGAGGAGGCCAAGGUCAUCGCUCAAGUCAAAGGACAGAUGAACUACGAGGAUGCCGUCGCUGAGAAGAAUGCCAAGGAGGAGAAGAAAUCCAAACUCAAGGGUGACAUCUCCGAGGACGAUGAUGCUGAGAAGAAGGAGAAGAAAUCAAAAAACAAAGACGGCGACAAGGAGGAGGACAAAGAGAAGAAAUCUAAAAAUAAGGAUGAUGACGAUGCUGAGAAAAAGGAGAAGAAUUCCAAAAGCAAAGACGAGGACUCUAUAUAUGACACCAAGCAGAAAUCCAAAAACAAGGAUGAUGAUGAUGAUGAUGAUGAUGAGAAGAAAGAUAAGAAGUCUAAAAGCAAGGACGAUGAUGAUGACGACAAUGAUGAUGAGAAAAAAGAGAAGAAAUUGAAAAACAAGGAUGACGACGAUGAUGAUGAGAAGAAAGAAAAGAAAUUGAAAAACAAGGAUGAUGACGAUAAUGAGAAAAAGAAAGAGAAGAAAUCCAAAGAGAAAAGCGACUCGUCUGAGGAGGAUGACGCCGAGAAGAAAUCUAAAAGCAAGAGCGAGUCCUACGAGGACGACAAUGACAAUAAGAAUUCCAAAAGCAAAAGCAAGGCAUCAGACGAGGAUUUUGAUGCUGUCCCCAUGGAGGCCAAGGCCGACGAAUCUAUGCCAGGUGUCGACACGCCCGAUGAAUACCAAGCGUCGACGACUAAAGCCAAGCCACGGUUGCCCGCGGCUGACACCCCCGGUGGCUACACCGCGCGGACCACGGCCCAACCAAAGAUGUCUGCAGCAGACACUCCCGACGGCUAUGCCACCCUGACAACGCAGAUGUCAGCUACUAACACACCAGACGGCUAUGUCACGCCGAGCAAGGCCCAGCCAGCGACCGACUCACCCGACGGCAACGUCCCGGCGACAGACUCACCCGACGGCAACGUCCCCGCGACCGACUCGCCCGACGGCAACGUCCCUGUGACCGACUCGCCCGAUGGCAACGUCCCAGCGACCGACUCGCCCGACGGCUACGCGGCCCCGACGAAGCCCGAUGUGGACGUGCAGUCCUACUCGGAGACGGUGCCCCCGCCGGUGCUCCGGAUGCUGAGCCCGUUGGUGAAGUCCAUGUGCGCCAGGACGAGCUACCCGUACGAGUGUGAGGCAUCGAUCGCCAGGCUGCCGGAGACGGCGGCGGUGCCAGGGCGGCAGAAGAACCUCUUGGGCGUGCUGACACUGGCCAUAGAUGCCGUGCGCGCCAAGAUCGUGGAGGCGAAGAACGCGGCCACGGACGUGUCCAAGGACCCGCACGUGGACAAGCUCUCCAAGGGCGCCAUCAAAGACUGCAUCAGUAAUUACGACGACAUGAACUACGAGUUCGACUCGGCUCUGACCGCGCUCAAGCGAGGAGACAAGGGGACGGCGGGCAGCGCGCUCGACGCGGCGCGCACCGCUGUUGACACCUGCGACGAAGGUUUCCUCGACCGCCCGCAGCUGAAGCCAGUCCUGGGCGGUUACGAGAAGGUGCUCGCGGAGCUCUCAAGCAACGUCCUCGCCAUUAAUGCCAACGCCAAGAAGUAUUAGCAUGACCUCACCAUUCCUUCCGGGAAGGAACUUGUAAGAAGCGUUUCCACCGAUCGCCGAAACAUACAGUAUUGACAUUGGUGCUAACAUCCGUCUUGCGUGCAGACUGUAUGAAUAUGUAUACGAUUGUUUUUUUCUUUUUCUUUUUGAAAGGAUGUAUAUGACUGUUUAUAUGGCUGUGUGUGUGUGAUGAUGAUGAUGAUGUACAGUAGUACAUUAGUUGACCCUCUUGUUAAACUUCAUUUAAUUUAAUUUGCUCCUCCUUUGUGGCCCA